CCCCCGAGUGCGCUUGCGCAGAAGAGUACGGAAGUACAGCAGCUUGGACACAAACAAACCCUGCUGCCCGCCUCGAUGUUUAAACACGUUUUCCUGACAGGACCUCCAGGCGUGGGGAAGACCACCCUGGUCCGGAAGGCCAGCGAGGCCUUGGCAUCGUCCGGUGCCGCCGUAGGGGGCUUCUACACCGAGGAGGUCCGGGAGGGGGGCCGCCGGGUGGGGUUUGAUGUCGUCGUGACCACGACAGGAGAGCGAGGCUGCCUGUCCAGAAUCAAGUAGGCUGCUGUUCGGCCAAUCUAUGCAUCCGAUUCUUGUCAAAUUUCGCUGAUUGACGACGUAUUGUAACGUCUUUAUUUAAGUUUUCAAGGGGACAGCAUGUAGAUAGACCAAUUGCCUCUAUCAAAUGGUGCUCCCACUACAGAAUCACGUUAUUUUACGCCACUACUACUCACCCCGUGUACAUUAUAAGAAUAUGGGGAGCAUGUUUUGAUGCCGUAUUAUAAAUUCUUUAUUGAAUGUUUCAGGCUGAUCUUCUGAUAAAACCCAUGAUAUGGUUCAUUAGUAUAGCCUCCAUGUACCUGACCCUCCCUUCCAUGCUACAGAGACCCUGCCGCCUCUGCGUCUCAGGGAGGCCGGGAGUACAAGGUCGGCCAGUAUGUGGUUGAUUUAACAUCAUUUGAAAACCUGUCUCUUCCACUCUUCAGAAGUGUAAGCCGUCCCAAGGUUGUUUCUUUAUGUGCAAGCC